AUGAACGCUUCUAAUCAGAAGGAAACUGGGCAAGACCAGGAGGGAAUCCCUACAAUCCAAGAGAUAAAAAGUUGGGACUACGAGGAAUUGCUCGAAUGGAUUCAGCAAACACAACCACACCUUCUCGCCAAUGACGAGAACGUUUCGACAUUCAAAGCGGCAAAAAUCAGUGGCUCUACCUUCUUGAGGUGUGCUGAGGACCUAGACCUCUUCAGAAGAACUCAUCUACCACGUGGGGUCUAUUACGGUCUUGCGUCUCUAGCGAGAGAAGUCCGCAGACAGAACGAUCAACCGAACCAGAUAGCCGGCCGAAGGAGAAAAGGGGAGGAAAUAGACGCACCUGAAGAGCCGUUCACUUCGUCAAAAAGAUGUCAAGUAUAUAAAGAAAUCAAGAUACAAUGGACCAUCGAAGCGAACAAGCGAAGGAAGGCCAUUAGGGAUAUGAUUACACAGAUGAACGACUCUCCUGAUCAGCACUCCAAUUCAGUUGAUCCUCUUCCUGGAGCUGUCGAUAAACUUUCAGACCCUACAUUAAACCACACGCUCGACUUCCCAUUUAGCCAUCAUAUACCACCACGUUUCCGAGGACCUGGUAGAGCCCAAGCAAAGUGGUCCUAUAUGGGGAGAACGAUGUUCAAAGAUCUCCUUAAUGAGGUGAGGGAAGUGCGAAAGAGUCGCGUUUAUCGAAGAAUCUGGCUCUAUGGAAACGAGGGUUUUGGGAAGUCUCACCUUCUAGCCGCCCUCGUUUGCUACCUUGCUGCUCAAGAUGAACGGGUCGUCUAUCUACCGAAUUGCUGGGAGUUGCUCGAGUACCAUGUUCACUACGUUAAACUAGCAAUGCUGUUCGCCUGGGCAGACGAUUUCGCCACCCAAAAGAAGAUUAUGGCCCUAUACACCGAAGACGAGAUUCAGGAAUCCUUCAGGCUUCAAAAGAACGUUAUAUUUGUCGUUGAUGAGAUGAAUGCUUUUAAGGCCAAGAUCGGUACCUGUGCAAAUUCUACGGACGACCUUGAAGAGAUCAACUCUCAGACCUUGAACAGGGUGGUACGCGUCUAUGGCGGUUUCACUAAGGCAAGUAGUACGGAAAUGGAGCAGUGGUGGAAGCAGCAUAAAGACAUUAAAAUGGGAGGGUAUUCCCGGUAUAAGGUUGAAGACGUUACGGGCUGUAUCCCAUUGCUCUUGAAGCAAUGUGUGGUGAAUGGGGUGAUUGAUAUGACGCCCCGCAAAUGGAGCGGAAUCUAUAACGAAUCUAUGGUGUUUGCGCAGCGAAUCUGGACUACUGCUACGGUUCUUGAUUGGAAGUGGUAUUGUGCCUACACGAGGGCCUGCAUUCGUAACAGGCCGGUGCCACCUAAAUGGACGGAACACAUCGAACUGGUCGACCAUCGAUUCUUCUAUCAGGAUAACUUCGACAUUGGACGAUAUACCUGCGGUCUAGUUCGUGACGCGGUAGCAAAUCAGCUUCUCGAGUUGGAUAUUACUUUCAACGACAUCGGCUCUCUGGCUUCAUUGCGCGACUUUAUCUACAAUCGAUCUGUCCUUAAGUUUAUGGUGGAAUACGCCAUUCUCGAAUCCAUCCAGUCAAAAGGCUUAAAGGUUUGCGACGGUAGUGACAGAGGCAUGGGGUUAAGAUUCUUCAGGAACGAAUACUACAUCCGGUUCGACAUGCUCAAUACGCCGGUGCUUUACCGCCCCGAACGGACCGAUUACAAGACGAUAGAUGGAAUGAUUAUUUCGGUCAAGACAAAAAGAAGACCCCGUGAGGGGGAAAAGCAAAAAUUGCUCGUCUUCCCCAUCCAGAUCACAGUGGCAAAGAAUUACUCGAAUUCUCGUUUGAGAUUCUUGCGUGAAUACCGCCAGUGGGCCAUAGACUGUCGAUCGACGUUUGAUAUAGAACUAGAAUUUCUCUGGAUCACCCCGGAUAAGCGCGAUGUUGAACAACACCCGCCCCAUUCACCGUGGCCUGAACAUCGAGAGCAUUAUAUUCCUUUCGAGGAGAUUAGUAGGGACAUUUGGACCGAGUAUCAAAAAGCGGAGAAAGCUAGAGAAGAGGGAGAAGAGGAAGAAGAGGAAGAAACCGAAGAAGUGGACGCAUGA